AUGGAUUUUCAAAAUCGUGCAGGUGGAAAAACUGGAGGCGGUGGAGUAGCAUCCUGGUCUGACGCAAAUGUUGAUCGACGUGAAAGAUUACGCCAGUUGGCAUUAGAAACAAUUGAUCUACAAAAGGAUCCAUAUUUUAUGAAAAAUCAUCUGGGUGGUUAUGAAUGCAAACUUUGCUUGACAUUACACAACAAUGAGGGUUCUUACUUAGCACAUACACAAGGCAAAAAGCAUCAAUCGAAUUUGGCUCGACGAGCUGCAAAAGAAGCAACCGACCAGCCAUACAUGCCUUUACCACAACAGGUCAAAGUGGAACCAAAGAAAUUUGUCAAAAUUGGCAGGCCUGGUUACAAGGUAACAAAAGAGCGAGAUCCCGCAACGGGCCAGCAAGCUUUGUUGUUCCAAAUUGAUUAUCCUGAAAUUACCGAAGGUGUCACUCCUAGACAUCGGUUUAUGUCAGCUUACGAACAAAAGGUGCAGCCACCUGACAAACGAUGGCAGUACAUUCUUUUUGCUGCUGAACCAUACGAGACGAUUGCUUUCAAGAUACCAUCGAGAGAAGUAGACAAAGCGGAGGACAAGUUUUGGACUUUGUGGAAUAAAGAUACUAAACAAUUUUUUAUGCAGUUCGCAUUUCGCUUUGAUCGGAUGUCACAGCACGAUGAAGCUCCACCUCCUCCCCCGUCUGCAGCUGCCGCUAUGAUACGACCAUCACCGGUGCCGCCGCCUAUCUCAGUUUUCAUUUCUGUGUUAUAUCAUGAUAAGAUCAUUCCUGAAAAGAUAGGAUGCUCUUUGAACGUGGUUUCACAUUUAGUGGUUUCAUAUUUAAUAAAGAUCCGUUGGAAAUGUGUCAUUUUUGAGGGACGAGCGAGCCGUCCUUACUAUCGUGCUGUGGAUUCGGCAGAUUUUCAGCAUAUGGCUAUUGGUACUGAUACGUCAGUGCCAUUUUCACUGGGAAAUAUCUUUAAUAGUCCUCUUGGUCUGAAGAAUUCAACAUUAGCAAUCUAUUUCAAAAAAAGAGAGGAUUCGUUCCAGAUCAGUAAUUUCACGUUGGCAGUGAACUUCGAACAAAAACUGAAUGCGACAGAAUCACAUCACAUGUAUUUGAUGGAUGAGCAUGCGGAGCAUGACGUAACUUCCAGCGGUAGCGAAGCAUACAAGUGUUCUGAAGCAAUUCUUAGCUUCAGAGGAGGUUCUACAAUAAAUCUUCAUAAUAUACGGCUCAUUGCUUAUGUUCAUCUCAAUACUACGGAAUUUUCCGAAAACCAAGAAUAUGGCAUUUGUCAAUUGGAUGUUCGUACCUCCGAUUUGGUACCAAUCGUUGUUGGAGUAUGCCUUGCAGCAUUGGUGAUCAUUGUUUUAAUUGCAUAUUUGGUUGGCCGUGCUCGAGCGAAACGUCAGGGUUAUGCGAUGAUCCCAUACAGGGUACAAGCAGCUGAAGCGUUUUUAAGGAAGUGUCGAUUCUGUUUAUUUCUGGAUUCGGUCAAGGCUUCAGGAUGUACGCAAGUGGACACACAUGUAAGUGUGAAUGAGCGAGACGUGAUUCGUUUUGAAACUGGACAUAUAGCCCGAUUAGCUGAUGGUGCUGCUGUUGUUUCGCAAGGUGACACUUCUGUACUAGCUACUGUGGUCGGAAGACAAAACUCAGUUAGCGAUAUAGCAGAUUUUAUGCCUCUGACGGUUGACUUUCAACAGAGCGCAUCUGCUGUUGGUCGUAUUCCUACAAAUUAUUUACGAAAGGAGUUGCAGCGAAAUGAUGCUGACAUUCUCGCAUCUAGAAUGAUUGAUCGAUCAAUCAGACCUUUGUUUCCAAAAGAUUAUUCCGGCGAAACUCAGAUAAUAUGUAAACCUCUUGCGGUAGACGAUGAUGGAGAUCCAGUAAUUCUAGGGUUAAAUGCAGCUUCGGCAGCGCUAACUGUAUCAGAUGUACCGUGGGAAGGACCGCUAGGAGCUGUUAGAGUGGCUCUUAUUGAUAAUGAGAUUGUUAUUAACCCAAGUCGAAAAAACAUGAAAAGCUCUUCACUGGAUCUAGUUAUUGCUGGUUGCGACGAUGGGAAACGAAUAUUAAUGAUAGAUAUGGAUGGCUGCGAAAUUGAAGCAACAAAGUUUUCGGAGUGUGUUAGAACUGGUCUUGAAGCCAUUUCUCAUUUAAUUCACGCCAUUAAUAAAAUGAGGGAUUCAUGCGGUCGUCAAAAACGGCAGAAUAUUGAUGGAGAGAUUGAUAGUGAUAUGAUGGCAUUAAUGAAAGAAAUGCAAGUCUUAUGUGGCGAUCAGUUAUAUGAUAUUUUAACGGAUAUAAAGCAUGACAAGCUUUCACGAGAUCGAGCUAUUUCUGCACUUAGUGAUCAUAUGCUUGAAAAGCUCAAAGAAAGGAGCUGUUCGCAGAAGCUUCGUCAUACCUUUAAGAAUCUCCUUAGAAAGUCACUGAGAGAAGCGUUUUUCAAAAGUGAAAGGCGGUGCGAUGGGCGAAAAUCUGAUGAACUUCGUCCAGUGGAUAUAACAAUGGAUGUCCAUAAAAAAUUGCAUGGAUCGGCAUUGUUCCAGCGCGGUCAGACCCAGGUAUUUGGUACAGUGACCUUUGAUGCUCCAUCAGCUGCAUUUCAACCAGAUGCGCUGUCACAACUACUUGGUGCGCAACAGAGAAAAAUGUUCAUGUUGCAUUAUCAAUUCCCAUCUUUUGCUACUACUGCUAUUUCUUCCUCCGCACGAACUUCACGCAGAGAGCUAGGACAUAGUGCUCUCGCUGAGAAAGCUCUGAAAAGGCUUAUUCCAGACGACUUCCCUUAUUGCUUAAGGCUUGCCUGUGAUGUCCUCGAAUCAAAUGGUUCAUCUUCGAUGGCAUCAGUUUGUGUCGGUAGUUUAGCGCUUCUUGAUGCAGGAGUACAAAUAAGGGAACCCGCAGCCGGUAUAGCUAUGGGUUUGAUUAUUGAUGAAGAACGAAAUAAUUAUUGUAUUCUGACCGAUAUUAAUGGUCUAGAAGAUUUUGCUGGAACAGUUCGCGGUUAUACGGCGAUGCAACUGGAUUUGAAAGUGCCAGGCAUAAAGCCAGAAAUGCUUAUGGAGUCUUUAGAACGAGCAAGAGAUGGACUAGAACAUCUUUUGCAGCUAAUGAGCAAGGCACAACCUCGAUGGAGAAAUCAUUUUAAAAAUACGGUUCCGGUUCAUGAGACGAUACCUGUUGCAGUCUAUAAACGCCACAUCAUAUUUCGUAGUGGAGGCUAUAAUGCUAAGCUGAUUGAAUCAGAAACCGGUGCUAAGAUAAGCAUAGAAGAUGAUUCAAACAUAUCUAUCUUUGCACCUAACAAGGUAAAGCUGGAAGAAGCAAAAGUGAUGCUGAAUAAAAUAUUCGAGAGUGAAAGCGAAAUAGAACUGGUAUUUGGUGCAAUGUACAAGGCGGAAAUAAUAGACAUAUUAGAACAUGGCGUGUUGGUAACACUUUACAAGGGCAUGAAACCUAUUUUGCUGAAAAACAGCAAUUUGGAUACGAGGAACGUAGCUCAUCCCAAAGUACUUGGUUUCAAGAUUGGUCAAAAAAUAAUUGUUCAGUAUCUAGGACGAGAUCCAAACACUGGGUAUCACAGAAUAUCAAGGAAAACGUUGCAGUCUGCUUCCUUACCUGUUCAAAAUGCGCACCAUGACACUUAG